AUGGAUGCCAUAGAAAUCUUAUGUGUCAUUCAUGAUUUAAGACAAUUGGACUCAGUCUUUAUUUAUUCUUCUGAACAACAAUAUGAAGGUUUACUAGAGAAAUAUUCCAAAAUUAUCGGUACCUUUAAUCAAUACAUAGAUUUAAUACAAUCGAUUCAAGACAAUAUCGACUUAGCUGUUCAGCAAUCAGAAUCAUUCAGAUUCUAUGAGCAACGUCAGAAAUCCACGCGUGACUUAUCGAAAGAAGCCGGUGCAUUUCUCUGGUUACGUAUAUUCAAAGAUGUCGUGUUAAACUUGCCACAUGACAAACAAGCAAAAGAUGAAAUGAUUGAAAAACUAAGAUUAUAUUAUCGUAAUAAUAAAAAACAAUUGAAAAAUAUUGAGGAAUUUGAUCGUGAAUACCAAUCUGAAAAUAGUAUUCGAUGGUAUACGGGACAACCAUUUUUAUACAAACAACUAAAUCGAGCUUUGCGUACUGAAGAUAUUAAUCUUCUAUAUACAUUUCGUUAUUUCAUUUACGAUCUUUGUAAACAACUUGAACAAGAGUUUCAACAACAACAAGAAGAUUUCGAUUCGAUAAUUCUAUUGUAUCGUGGUGUUCGAUUGUCCAGUGACGAAGUGAAAAAGUUAGAAGCCAAUGUGGGUAAACUUCUAUCAACCAAUGGAUAUGUAUGA